AUGUCGCCAACCCUCAGCAAAGAAGCCCAAACCCAACUCCAGACCCUCCUCGAUGAGCAGGUCACCGCGGGGCACAUGCCCAGCGUCCACCUCACGGUCGGCUCGCCCACCUCGGUCCUCUUCACUGGCCGGGCUGGUGUCCUCGACCCUCUGGACCCAGAGUCCCGCCAGACCAAGCCGGACGACACCAUGUGGUUCGCCUCGACAUCCAAGCUCAUCACCUCGGUAAUCUACCUGCAACUCGUGGACCGGGGACUGUUGACGCUCGACACGGAUAUGCGCAAAAAGUUUGCCCCGCUCGACAAGGUCGCGGAGCGGAUCUGGGGCGGUGUCAAGGACGGCCAGCCGGUCUGGAAGGGGGAGUACAAGGGGCCAGUCAAGCUGGGAUGGUUGUUGAACCAAAGCAGCGGGUUUGGCGGCGAGUUUGGGGAUGAAGUGCAGGCGUGGAAAGCGUACAGCGAUGUAGGCAAGGGGUUCGUCAACAGCUGCAAAGUGGAAAACCUCAUCAACACGCCAAUCACCUUUGAGCCUGGAACCCACUAUGAAUACGGGAACGGCGCCGAGUGGCUCGCGCUCAUGUUCCCGACGGUCGUGGGUGAAGAGUACGAGGCGUAUCUCCAGCGGGAGGUAUGCGGUCCGCUCGGGAUGAAGGAGACCACAUUCUAUCCGUUUGGCAACGAGUGGGAGGACCGCUUGUUGCCGGUGAGGUGGGGCGAUGGCACGGACGAGGGAGGAAAGCUCGACUGGAAGAAGCUGGAGGAAGUCAAGGGGCUGCGUGCGGAAGGUCUUUGCCUGCCUAGAACCCGCGAAGAGAUUGAAUACCCCGCCGGCGGUGGAGGCGUCUACUCGACCACGGAAAACUACGCUCGCCUCUUGCAACACCUUAUGGCGCACUACCUCUCGCUCUCGGACUCGUCCGUCCCUCGCCCCGCCUCGCCCCUCCUGUCCGACGCCUCCGUGGCGUCGCUCUUCAAAGGGACCCUCGCCGAAUCGGCCUACCAGCCCAUGGCCGACAUCCUCAAUCGGAUCCGAGGCUUUACCGGCGCCGACACGCUCGAGGCAGGAGAGGCAGACUGGACGACUGGGAUGGCCAUCUUCCAGCCAAAGGGUCGAGCGCGAAGGGGAGACUUUGGCCGACACGCCGGCAGCGUAGGAUGGGGCGGUGCAGCCGGGACCGAAUACUGGAUUGACCCGUCAGCGCAAAUCUCUGUGGUAUGGACGACGCAGAUGCUGCCGACGGGGAAUCCCAUGGUCGCUGCGGCCAAGCUGGAGGUGGAGAAUCUGGUGUACAAGCUGCUCGCGGCGUAG